CGGAGUUUCGCUAUCAAAUUCGAAUCACUCCGCUGUCAGCACACAACCGAAGCGCAUCAUUCCAUUCGUCCAUCCUCGCUUAGUUGAUCAAUAAAACUGCAACCAUGGUUCUUGAGAAGCUUACCGACGAACAAAUGGCACGCUUCAAGGAAGCUUUUGCCGUCUUUGACAAGAACGGAGAUGGAACCAUUACAUGUGCAGAGUUGGGCGAAGCAUUGAAAUCAGCCGGCUGGACCGUACCUGAUGAAGAAAUCAAAGAAUUAAUCAAACAGGUUGAUCUCGAUGGAAAUGGAUCAGUCAGCUUCGAUGAGUUCGUGAAGGUGGUCGUCCAGGCUCUUCAGAGGCUAGAGGCCGAGGUUCGAGCUGCAUUCCAGGCUAUGGAUAAGGAUGGCAGCGGUUCACUGAGCCAUGCUGAGGUCAAACAGGUCUUUGCUGACUUCGGUGAGAAGCUGAGUGAUAAGGAUGUCGAUGCACUGAUCAAGGAAGCUGAUAAAGAUGGUGAUGGGACAGUGAAUUAUGAUGAAUUCGUUGCGAUGCUGUUGAAGUAAACUCAGCCCGAUCAACUAUCAUCAUCUUCAUAAUGUGGCGAUAUUGUCUUCAUUCCAGUGUAAUACAUUUUCUAUUUUGAUACAUCUUAAGUUAUUAUUUAGAAGUAAAUACAGUGAAUAUUAAACAAACGUGCCUGGUACGUAUACGCCAUCCCAUUCACUAUACGUCAUCGGCCAUAUUUCACUGGGCUCGUCAUCCUCAGUCCAAGAGACUAGCCAAUCAGCGUGAAUGAUUGGGGUACUCGUGCUUCUCCGUUUUCUUCUCUUUUAGGUUCAUAUAUACACAGCACUUUGAGUUUACUCGUUUUUUUUUUCUAAAUAGGAAUUAAUGAAUAAAACCAUUUAACAUGUCCUGUGAUAUCUAGUGAUGAUAUUGAAAGGUGCAGACUGUCAGAAAUCUAUUCGACCAUCUUUCUUAAUACAUUUACACUGUAAAAAAAAACAAUUUAAACAACGCUGUUUAAUACGUGAUUAGCAUAUUAGUUUAACCAUUUUAAACAAGUGUUUAAAAUCUCAAACAACAAAGUUUGAAUUCAAAUAUUUAAUGAUCAAUGAAUUAAGCAUGGUUGUUUAAGAUUGUAAAGACUUGUUUAAGCUGUUUAAACAAUUACUGUGAGAUUCACAGAGUAAACAGCGCCGUGUUUUAAUUAUUUUAACAACGAUAAAGACUGUCUAAGGCAUGUUCACCGACCAUUAUUUUGUAGCUCAAACACUAUCCACGCACCAGUCUGAUCACUGACGAAAUGGCCAUGCGGCCCAUUUACUAAAAAUAAGAUCAGUUGAUUACCUUCGUGUGAUCACCAUCUGACCCCAGAAGCUUUAAGGUAACUUAAAUGGGCAAACUCUACAUAUCAAAUCAAAUAUCGUUUUAACUCUGUCUUCUCUAACCUGAUUUUCUUUGUUGAAUUCUGCUCAUUAAGGAACGAAUAUAGAUUUGUGUCCUUUGUGAAUAAAAUUAAUGUCUGUGAAAAUGUGAAUAAAUGAUAAAGAUGA